UAAAGAUGCUGAUUUGAUUGGGUAUUAAGGUGAGAGCGAUGGAAAAAGGAACAUGUUUACCACCAAGACGGCAUACAAUUCACACGUCGGGACAGCUUAUAGCAAUCCUCUGCUUGCGAAGGCACCCAAUGAGGUGCUCUACAUCGGAGUCCCACCCAAUAGCAUCUUGUUUAUCUUCUAUGACAUCCCAUGGACAAAACAACAUGACACCUGUACCUUCGCGCGACUGACCCAAACGUGUCUUUGUCGAGGCAGCCAUGAACGUCACACUCCCCCAAUCCUGCACCGUCACCACCUACCUGAACCUCUGCUCCUCCUCCAAGGUUCUGCUCCUCGUGCCCGGCUUCACCCUCAACAUCUUCCUCCUGGUCUCCCUGCUGUCCAGCCUGCUCGCCCCGAGGGCAAAGAUCCGCGGCAACGUGGCCGUGUUCAUCCUGGGCAUCAGCAGCUGCAACCUGCUCAGCCUGUGCCUGUGGCCCUUGAUCCUCCACUGGAGGAUGCGGGGCCGUUGGCUGCUGGGGCCCCGGCUGUGCGAGGCCAUGGUGAGCGUCAAGCAGAUGAGCAGCCUGGCGUCCUUCCACUACGCCUCCUUCGUCGCCUUCUCCGUCUACCUGACGGUGGUGUGCGGCUGCGGGCGGCUUGUGGACAGCCGGCUCUUCCUGGCCCUGGAGCUGCUGUCCCCCCUGCUGCCCGGCGGGCUGAAGGAGUUGGGCCAGUGGUUCCCGUGGAGCCGUGUGCACCACCUGGACCCCGUGGAGGACAGCUGCUUCUCCUUCCUCAACGACCCCGCCAUGAGGACCUUCGCGUUGGUCAAGACGGCGGCGCUGCUGCCGCUCAACCUGUACUUCUACGCACACGUGCUGCACACGGUGGUCCAGAGCGCCAAGGCGUCCAACCGCAGCCAGAGGGGCACCGUGACGCUGGCCAGGAUGUUCAGCCUCAUAUCCCUCAUCACCUUCAGCGCACACGUUCCCGGGGCUGCAUUUUCCCUCAUGGACAGGCCCUCUGUGUGUCAGGAGAUGGUGAGGGAUGUCCUACUGGAUCUUCCGUUGAUCUCCAGUCCUGUCAUCCUGUUCUGUAUGAACAAGGAGCUGAGGAACCAGGGGCUGCUGAUUCUGCGGUGCAAGGUCGGGAUGUAUGAGAGAGGAGACACAUCUGUCAAAUGGUCACAGAGUCUCAGGAGCCUCACAAAUGGAGAGUCUGUUGUAAAAACCCAAUGAAAAGCAAAGUGAGUUCACACCGUUUGCUUAUCCAUGUUAUUUAUACAGCAACAAAAUAAACACAAU